AUGGAAGUUAAUCUCACUUGCAUCAAAGCCUCGCUCAAGCACUACUUUGUAGAGCUCUUCAAUCUUUCCGAUCGAAUGAGGCUUCUGGCUUCGGGGCAACGCCGCACACAGCAAAACUUACCCACAAACUCCAGCACAGACCUCGAAGAAGGUCCCACUUGUAUACAAUUGGAGAAGCCACUGCUUCUCCGACUAAAAUCAACUUUUGCUUCGGUCAAGGAAGCCAGUGCACGGUCUGUAACCUCUGGAGGCGAAACACUAUACAAUUGGAGAAACCUAAGGGCAGGCGUGUCCAGCAUUGACUUGCACGGGUUGGCAUCGUCAUAA